AUGUCUGAGUCUACGGAAAUGGAGAAGAUGCUCCGCGGCGAGCUCUUCUGUUCAUUCACUCCCGAGAUGGUGGCAGCUCGAGCCCGCUGCCGAACGGCCUAUACUCGGUUCAACAAGACCGAAGAAACAUCCCGUCGACGCUUGGUUGAACUGUGGCGAAAUAUCACGACCGACCAGACACCGCUGCCACCCCCACUUGACGACCCUGUGGCGGAUGAUGCGCUAUUCAAGGAUGAGCCUUGGAUUGAGGCCCCCGUCAAGGCCGAUUAUGGAUUCAAUGUGAAGCUGGGCAAAGGUGUCUUUGUCAAUUUCGGCGCUGUCUUCAUUGACAGCUUGCCCAUCACAAUUGGUGCUCGGACACUGUUCGGCCCGAAUGUCAGUUUAUUCUCAGGCACGCACCCAUUAGACCCGGCGCUGCGGAAUGGCAUGGAGGGCCCUGAAAUGGGCAAGCCGAUUACCAUUGGCGAGGACUGUUGGAUUGGAGGCAAUGUGAUUGUCCUACCAGGCAUCACGAUCGGCAAAGGCUCAACUGUGGGUGCAGGCAGUGUGGUCACAAAGGAUGUACCGGCCUUUCAUGUGGUUGCUGGAAACCCGGCACGAAUUAUUCGCAAGAUUGAAACGACCAUGAUGGAGGCAAAGACAGAAGAUGAGAUGUAG